AUGGUGAAAUCAAAGAAAUUUAGAGGUGUUAGGCAACGCCAUUGGGGCUCUUGGGUUUCCGAGAUUCGUCAUCCUUUAUUGAAAAGGAGGGUAUGGCUAGGAACAUUUGAAACAGCUGAAGAAGCAGCAAGAGCUUAUGAUGAAGCAGCAAUUUUAAUGAGUGGAAGAAAUGCAAAAACAAAUUUUCCAGUUUCUGAUAACAAUCCAAUGCCAAAUAACAACAACAAUAAUAACCAAAAAUCAUUUGCAUCUUCUUCUUCAAAUUCCACUACUAGUUCUACUAAUACAUCCCUCUCUGCCAUUCUAAGUGCAAAGCUUAGAAAAUGUUGCAAAUCACCUUCACCUUCACUUACUUGUCUAAGGCUUGACACCGAGAAUUCGCACUUUGGAGUGUGGCAAAAACGAGCCGGCCCUCGCUCCGACUCGAGUUGGAUCAUGAUGGUUGAAUUGGAAAGGAAGGAGAAAGAACAAGAAGAAGGAGAAAUAGUACUUAAUUCUAAUUCGGAAAUAAUGCCUUCUAUUGUUGUUAACGAUGAUUCUAAGAAGAUCGUAAAACCAGAAGAGGCAGAAGAAGACGACGAAGAAGAAAAAACCAAUGAAAAUAAUCAAUUAGAUGAAGAACAAAGAAUUGCACUUCAAAUGAUAGAAGAACUUCUGAAUCAUUAA